GCAGAUAAGAAAAUACCUGACCGGUUCUGCCAUGUGAUCCAGGACCCCAAGAUGUCCAUGCUUGCUGAGCCUCGUCGGAAGCAGAAGUGGUCUGUGGACCCAAGAAACAGCACCUGGAGCAACGAUGAGUCCAAAUUCGGCCAGAAGAUGCUGGAGCGAAUGGGCUGGUCUAAAGGCAAGGGGCUUGGCAGAAGUGAGCAGGGUGCUACUGAGCACAUCAAGGUUAAAGUGAAGAACAACAGUUUGGGUUUAGGCACCUCAGUCAACAACGAGGAUAACUGGAUCGCUCACCAGGAUGAUUUUAAUCAGCUGCUUGCUGAACUUAACAACUGCCAUGGACAAAACAGCACUGAAGAGCCCACCCAGGAUCAGGCACAAGGUUUCAGUUUGGAAGAGAAAUCCAAGACCUCAAAAAAGAGGGUCCAUUACAUGAAAUUCACUAAAGGAAAAGACCUGUCCAGUCGAAGUGAGACUGACCUCGCCUGCAUCUUCGGGAAAAGAUCAAAACAGCCGAGAGAUCAGGACGAGGCUAGCAGUGAUGCUGAAUUUCAGGAGACUAAAGAAGUGAACAGCAGUGAAAUAAAAAGUAUAUCUAACCCAGAGGCGGAACUCAACACGGUGACCAGUACACUGACCAUGCAGGAGUACUUUGCUCAGCGAAUGGCUCAGCUAAAGAAAAGCAGAGGUGGGAACCAGUCCACAGCCUCCCUUCAAGAAACCAGCAGCAGCUCUCAGUCACCAGCAGCGACACCUGAAUCCACCGAGAACACUCCCAACACCAGCGAUACAGAAGAGAGCCAAACCAAGGAAAAAAGGAAAAAGCAUAGAAAAAGAGAGCAAGUAGAGGAUGGGGAAAAGGUGGAGGAAUUUGAGGAUUCUUUAGUAAUUGAAGAGCAAGCUGACUCUAAGAAGAAGAAGAAGAAAAAGAAGAAUAAACAAGAUGUAAGGGAGGAGGAUCGAGCAGAGGAACGCAGUACCCUGACAGUAGAAACGGACACAGCUGGAGAUACGGUGGUACUUUCUACAGAGAAGAAAAAGAAGAAGAAGAAGAUAAAAGACAAAGAAACACCUACAGACACACCUUCAGAGUCAACCAACCAACAUGAUUUAGAAGAAAAAGUGAUGAAUACAGACAGUUUGGUUAAGAAGAGGAAAAGAAGAGAAGACGUGGAAGAGCGGUCGGAAGAGGUUGUUCUAGAAAAGAAACCAAAAAAGGACAAGAAAAAGAAGAAAAAUAAGAAUUAGCACUAUAUACAAUUUAUUUGGUUAUCAGUGCCCAUCAAUUAAAAAAAGAAUUAAAUGAGGGUUUGACCGCUGUGGGUUUUUCAAGGGAAAUACUGAUUAUUAGUAAUCAAGGAAGCAGAAACCAGUAUUUAGGGCUGGUAUUCAUUUGCCUUAAAUUAAGAACCACUUUCUGUACCUUGUAUGUUGUUUCUAACCGUUUUCUGUGUAGCCAGUAUAAAAGUACCUAAAACAAAUAUCCAGGAGUGUUAUAAGAAGUCUGGGACCACUUCUGAGCGACCCUCGACUGCUUAAUUUUAUGGAUUUUAUUUUUCUUAAUAGAACAUUUACAAAAUGCAUACUUUAAAUUAGAAAAGGUCCACAUUUUCACCAAUCUGAAGACGAUUCCUUGUGGGACGUUAAUCCAUUAUAAAGACAAUUUACUGUACUAAAUACAUUAAUGCUCUGGUCACUGCACGGUUAAACUGCAGACUGUUCUCAACAUGCUGCGUGCAUCAAAUGAGACUCUUAUCAACUAGCAAAUCACUUAAAAAUGCUGAGUUGUCAAUUCCAUAAAACACGCAUCAGUCAUUUUACUUUGGUUUAACAAGUUAAACUAUUUUUUGUGAAUGUACAGACAGUUUAGUUUGGUUUUGGCCCGCCACUCAAAAGACUGCAAUGCCCUAGCACUGUACUGCAAAAAUAGACUGUUGUUCCAGAAUAUAUUCCCCCUACUUUCUGUCUUGAUUCAUUUUAAUAAUAAUCAAAAGAUUUAGCAAGCCCCCAUGUAAUGUGUACAGGGCACUGUCAUCUUGGAAGAGACCACCUUCAUCAGAAUAGAACUGUUGUAAAUUAUUGAUCAGGUGAUAAUUCAGAAUAAUUUAUAUUGAUUGGCAGUGUCUUUUACAAGAGGAAAAGUGGGUCCAUACCUUGCUGAAUAUCAGCUACUACUUUUUAAUUCCCUCCCAAUCUAGUUGUUUCCAAUUACCCGAUUGCAUUUUGCUUCCUCUACUGCUGCUGACCCCUAUCACAUGCCUCCUCCAACACGUGUGCAGUAGCCGAUUGCUUCUUAUCACUUGAAUGAGGCGGGUUCAUAUGGAGAGUCACGCACCAAUCUCCAUUAUCCAUCAUCUCUGUGCAGGCGCCUCGAACAGCCAGCAGAAGUUGUAAUCGCAGCAGUUAUGAGGAAUCCCCUCAGGCAAUCCCUACCCAGGCAGACGAACCAUUUAUUGUCCGUAUAGACGCCCAACAUGCCAGUAGCAGAACUACUUGAGAGUUUGAGAUGUCAGCUCUGGUGUGUUAGCGUGUUUUACCGCUGCGCCACCUGAGCGCUUUGUUUGUUUUAUGCUUUAAUGUUCGAAAUGUCUGUAUUUACUUAGAACUGAUUUACGCUCACAUUUUGUAGCACUUCAUGUUUUUUUCUACAUAGAUUUGUCAGCGAGGCUAUGUUUUUUCUCACCCUAAAGUGUCUCUAAGUGCAAGAUGUGAAAUUAUAUUUUCAAAUGGCUAAACAAAAUGCUAAGCUUUGUAAUUAGAAUUAUAGUUACAACCACAUGUAUAGCUUCUACACAAUAAAUGCAUUUUUAAUUUUUUAUUGCAUUUUAAUGAACAGAAAUAUGUAGUAAUGUUUCAGGGCAUUUUUAGUAUUUGGGCAUUUAAACAUAUACGUUUGAAUCUAUCUUGGCUGUUUUCCAUGAUUUCUUUUAAUAGUAACAUUGUCCUGUUCAGAGUUUUUUUUUAAAUGGGUUUCACCUACAAAUCAUUGGACAUUUAAUCGGGUUUUUUCCCCUGAAAUUACUUCCUAUACAGUGUCUUUGUAACAAUGCCUAGAAACAUAUAAAAAUGAUGACCUUGUUUAAUUGUAUUCUACCAUUUCCCCCUCUUGUGUUUAUUUUUAAAACAGACCUGCAUCCUCUGUCUUGCUGUCAUGGAUUUCCUCUUCCUGGUGUAAGGUAUAAAGCUGCUGGCAGAUUGUAGCCCACAUUUACCUUAAAUCAAUAUGCAGUCUGUAUAAAAACCUAGACCGAGUGUUGAUUGGAUAUUUUUUCUCUUUAAUGUCAGACUUGUAUCAUUAAAUGAAAUGCUAAAAAUCCCAAA